AGGGGGAGAGCGAGAGAGAGCAAGGGAGGGAGAGAGAGGCAGGCUGCGAGGGGAGAGGAGAGGGAGUGGGGGAGCCAGCGCUCCAGCUAGCAUGAGGACGGGCUUCUUUUCCCGUGCUCAGUUAAUCUGGCUGUCAGUUGGUGUUAACGCUGCAGUUUAAGUGCUCGGAUUCCAAGGGAAACAGACAAACCUCACGGAAGGAAGGAAGCAAGCAAGCAAGGAAGGAACUGCAGGAGGGAAAGAACAGGCAGAACAGCGAGAAGAAUAAAGGGAAAGGGGGGGAAACACCAAAUCUAUGAUUGGACCUGGGCUUCUUUUUCGCCAAUGCAAAAAGGAAUAUGCAGCACAUUUUUGCCUUCUUCUGCACCGGUUUCCUAGGCGCGGUAGUAGGUGCCAAUUUCCCCAACAAUAUCCAGAUCGGGGGAUUAUUUCCAAACCAGCAGUCACAGGAACAUGCUGCUUUUAGAUUUGCUUUGUCGCAACUCACAGAGCCCCCGAAGCUGCUCCCCCAGAUUGAUAUUGUGAACAUCAGCGACAGCUUUGAGAUGACCUAUAGAUUCUGUUCCCAGUUCUCCAAAGGAGUCUAUGCCAUCUUUGGGUUUUAUGAACGUAGGACUGUCAACAUGCUGACCUCCUUUUGUGGGGCCCUCCACGUCUGCUUCAUUACGCCGAGCUUUCCCGUUGAUACAUCCAAUCAGUUUGUCCUUCAGCUGCGCCCUGAACUGCAGGAUGCCCUCAUCAGCAUCAUUGACCAUUACAAGUGGCAGAAAUUUGUCUACAUUUAUGAUGCCGACCGGGGCUUAUCCGUCCUGCAGAAAGUCCUGGACACAGCUGCUGAGAAGAACUGGCAGGUGACAGCAGUCAACAUUUUGACAACCACAGAGGAGGGAUACCGGAUGCUCUUUCAGGACCUGGAGAAGAAAAAGGAGCGGCUGGUGGUGGUGGACUGUGAAUCAGAACGCCUCAAUGCUAUCUUGGGCCAGAUUAUAAAGCUGGAGAAGAAUGGCAUCGGCUACCACUACAUUCUUGCAAAUCUGGGCUUCAUGGACAUUGACUUAAACAAAUUCAAGGAGAGUGGCGCCAAUGUGACAGGUUUCCAGCUGGUGAACUACACAGACACUAUUCCGGCCAAGAUCAUGCAGCAGUGGAAGAAUAGUGAUGCUCGAGACCACACACGGGUGGACUGGAAGAGACCCAAGUACACCUCUGCGCUCACCUACGAUGGGGUGAAGGUGAUGGCUGAGGCUUUCCAGAGUCUGCGGAGGCAGAGAAUUGAUAUAUCUCGCCGGGGGAAUGCUGGGGAUUGUCUGGCUAACCCAGCUGUUCCCUGGGGCCAAGGGAUCGACAUCCAGAGAGCUCUGCAGCAGGUGCGAUUUGAAGGUUUAACAGGAAACGUGCAGUUUAAUGAGAAAGGACGCCGGACCAACUACACGCUCCACGUGAUUGAAAUGAAACAUGACGGCAUCCGAAAGAUUGGUUACUGGAAUGAAGAUGAUAAGUUUGUCCCUGCAGCCACCGAUGCCCAAGCUGGGGGCGAUAAUUCAAGUGUUCAGAACAGAACAUACAUCGUCACAACAAUCCUCGAAGAUCCUUAUGUGAUGCUCAAGAAGAACGCCAAUCAGUUUGAGGGCAAUGACCGUUACGAGGGCUACUGUGUAGAGCUGGCGGCAGAGAUUGCCAAGCACGUGGGCUACUCCUACCGUCUGGAGAUUGUCAGUGAUGGAAAAUAUGGAGCCCGAGACCCUGACACGAAGGCCUGGAAUGGCAUGGUGGGAGAGCUGGUCUAUGGAAGAGCAGAUGUGGCUGUGGCUCCCUUAACUAUCACUUUGGUCCGGGAAGAAGUUAUAGAUUUCUCCAAACCAUUUAUGAGUUUGGGGAUCUCCAUCAUGAUUAAAAAACCACAGAAAUCCAAGCCGGGUGUCUUCUCCUUCCUUGAUCCUUUGGCUUAUGAGAUUUGGAUGUGCAUUGUUUUUGCCUACAUUGGAGUGAGCGUUGUCCUCUUCCUGGUCAGCCGCUUCAGUCCCUAUGAAUGGCACAGUGAAGAGUUUGAGGAAGGACGGGACCAGACAACCAGUGACCAGUCCAAUGAGUUUGGGAUAUUCAACAGUUUGUGGUUCUCCCUGGGAGCCUUCAUGCAGCAAGGAUGUGACAUUUCUCCCAGGUCCCUGUCUGGUCGCAUCGUUGGUGGCGUCUGGUGGUUCUUCACCUUAAUCAUCAUCUCCUCAUAUACAGCCAAUCUGGCCGCCUUCCUGACCGUGGAGAGGAUGGUGUCUCCCAUUGAGAGUGCAGAGGACCUAGCGAAGCAGACAGAAAUUGCCUACGGGACGCUGGAAGCAGGAUCUACUAAGGAGUUCUUCAGGAGGUCUAAAAUUGCUGUGUUUGAGAAGAUGUGGACAUACAUGAAGUCAGCAGAGCCAUCAGUUUUUGUGCGGACCACAGAGGAGGGGAUGAUUCGAGUGAGGAAAUCCAAAGGCAAAUAUGCCUACCUCCUGGAGUCCACCAUGAAUGAGUACAUUGAGCAGCGGAAACCCUGUGACACCAUGAAGGUGGGAGGUAACUUGGAUUCCAAAGGCUAUGGCAUUGCGACACCCAAGGGGUCUGCCCUGAGAGGUCCCGUAAACCUAGCGGUUUUGAAACUCAGUGAGCAAGGCGUCUUAGACAAGCUGAAAAGCAAAUGGUGGUACGAUAAAGGGGAAUGUGGAAGCAAGGACUCCGGAAGUAAGGACAAGACAAGCGCUCUGAGCCUCAGCAAUGUGGCAGGCGUGUUCUACAUCCUGAUUGGAGGACUUGGACUAGCCAUGCUGGUUGCCUUAAUCGAGUUCUGCUACAAAUCCCGUAGUGAAUCCAAGCGGAUGAAGCUUUCUCCUGUCCCACUGGCUAGCACACUGCUGAAGCUCACACUUUCCCUUGCCCCCUGCCUCUCUGGCAGCAGCAUGAGCCAUCUCUGCCCAUCCCUCUCUCAAUCCAGCCCAGUAGGACCAACAGUGGCAAGAAGCAUAUGUGGAAUUCAAGCCAGAAGAUCACAGGAGACUUGCUGCCCCAACCCCACAGAAAUGACUUCCUGCUGCUCUAAUCUUUUUAUGAACGUGAAGCCAUGCCUGUGCCAGGAAGGGAAAGGUGAAGAGAGACCGCAUAUGCCCAGGACUUAGGAUUACCAUUUUCUACAUCUUGGGUUAAUCAUACACAAGUUCCCAGAAUCUUGAACUCUCACAGUUACAACAGCUGGAGGGUCACUAUCUUAACAUGCCUCUUGCUUGCAUUCUUCCAGGAACAUGCAUACUCACCAACCUCCUUCAGGUAACUGGGUUCACACUUAGCCUGCUCAGACUUUUUUAAGAUAAACAUCUCCACAAUGUUCAGUAAUACCUUGUGUAGCCAGGUAUGGUGGUUCGCAUCUGUAAUUCCAGCUACUCAAGAGGCUGAGGAAAGAGGAUCACUUGAGCCCAGGAGUUCAAGACCAGAACUGGGCCACCCCCAUCUCUAAAAAAAUAACAAGACCCCAUCUCUAAAAAAUUUUUUAAUAGUAGUAAUACAUCAUGUGACAUGAUUUCCUCAUUCUCCAGGGUCAUGUUAAGGGUCAACUAAGGCUAUAUGUAUGUAUGUGUGUAUGUCUCUGUAUUGUACAUGCAAGAAUAUUUGUAAUCUGCAGCAUGCUAUACUGGUUGUAAGGUAGCAUUAUUGUUAUUAUUAUUUCCACAGUUUGGGUUCCUCCUCUGCAUUCUAGUGAUGCUUCAGUUUGUCACUUUACCCCAAGGUAACCCCCAGAUAUCUCAACAUCACCAACUCCCUCAUCUUCAAGAAGAGAAAGAAGACAGCAGCUCAUAUUUAAUGAGCACAGUGUUAAUUAAGCACUUUGUAUCACUAUGCCAUUUGAUCCUCUUAAGAACCCUGUGCUUGCCGGGCACAGUGGCUCACGCCUGUAGUCCCAGCACUUUGGGAGGCCAAGGUGGGCGGAUCACGAGGUCUAGAGAGCAAGACCAUCCUGGCUAACACGAUGAAACCCCAUCUCUACUAAAAAUACAAAAAAUUAGCCAGGCAUGGUGGUGGGCGCCUAUAGUCCCAGCUACUCAGGAGGCUGAGGCAGGAGAAUGGCGUGAAGGUGGAGCUUGCAGUGAGCCACGAUCGCACCACUGCACUCCAGCCUGUGUGAUAGAACGAGACUCUGUGUCAAAAAAAAAAAAAAGAGAGAUACUGUGAUUAUCCUCAUGUUACAGAUGAAGAAACUAAGGCCAAGAGUAAACAAGUAACUUGCACAAGAUUGAAAAUUAUAAAAGGUAGAGUUAAAAUCUGGGUCCAAAUCUGUGGGACUCCAGCUCCUGACCCUCUAACCAUGAGACUACCGGGUUUUGGAAGUCACCCAAUGUGAGAGGCCAUCAUCUGCUCUGUUCUGUUCAUUCAUUAGGAAUUCGAUAUUUUGGGAAAAGGGUCCCUGUCCUCAAAGAGGAAGUGGUCUAGGAAAUGCAGCAAGAAAAAAGCAGGUGGUGUGGUAGCAGGUGCCUCUGUCACUGUCAUUCUCAGAGGUUGGAGCUCAGCCAGGACACAGAGUGCUGAGGAAGCCCCACAUCUGCACUUUGCCUGGAUGUUUUGUUAAGCAGGUGGAAGUUGGUGGUCAGGAAGACCUGGCUCCACCCUCCUGAGUCCUAGCUCUUCUCCAGGGCCAUUGAUGAAGUCAUUCUUGAAGGAGGGGCCCACGAAAAUCUCAAAAAUUACAAAGCACAAGCUCUGGAAAAGGUCUUCAUGUUUGGGGAUGAGCCGAAAGCAGGACAGCAUGCUAGCUAAGAGUGGAGAAUAUGGAGUCUUGCCUUCAAAUCCUGGCAGUUGGAUAACACUGAGAAGUUAGUUAACCUUUCCAAGCCUCUGCUCUCUCAUCUAUGAAAUGGGUAUGACAGUGCUUACCACAAAGGGUUGACUAAAUGACCUCAAGAAUAUAAAGCUCUUUGCACAAUGCCUGGCAUACCCUAAAUCUCAUAUCUAGUCAAUGUUAGUUAUGAUGGAAAAGAAGGAGUUAAGUAGCUCAGUGUGGCUUUUCAUUCUCAAAAAGCCAUUUUAUUUUGAAUUCAAGGGAAAAAAGAGAAAUGUUUCUCAAAACUUCAAACCUUUCAUAAUUUUACUUUAUUCAACUGGCUCUCAUGCAAAAAUAAACAAAUGAAAGCUAUUUAGCUCUUGUUUUGUCCAAAUCCUUAUUUCACAAAUAAGGAACUGGGUCCCAAAGAAGAAAAAGAACUUGUCCAAUGUCUCAGGCUAAGUUGCUGGCAGAGAGUCCAGAAUUCCAACAGCCUCCCAUGACAUUUGUUUCCAAGGCCCAAGAUCCUUGAGAGGAAUUAUGAGAAGAGAGGAAGGCAAUAAAUACGCCGCCCUGCAACAGCUGAGACAGUCUGAGCUGACUUCACAGGCUGAUUCUGCAUCUAACAAAGCACCACCCACAGAGGCCACCACUUACGCAGAUACCAGGGUUCAGGAUGCCCAAACUGUUUUCUUUCCUCCUGGACCAUUUAGACUAGCAUCAAGGGAAGUUAACAUCAAGCCCCCAAAUGGCAUAAAUAUCUGUGCUUAGAAUCAAAACCUAAAAGAAGUGAUACUGUGGUCAAUCCAGGACUAAAAUCCAGACCUCCUAAACAUUCCAAUUAGGGACUUACCAACCCACCCAGAUGGCUGUUCUCAUUUUCAUUACUGUGUAACAAACUUGCACCAAAACUCAGUGAAGUAGCCAAAUUCUGUGGGUCCAGAAGUGGACAGGGCAUGGCAGGGACAUCUCUUCUCUGUGCCACAGUGUCUGGGACUGAGGUGGGAAGACUCAAAGUUUCACAAGCAUGACUCAUACACACACACAGGAAUUUUCUAGAGGUUUCUUUGCCCUCCUGUCUGGUACCUGCAUUGGGAUGAAGUGAAGAUUUGGUCUGCCACUUACCCUGCAUGUGGCCUCUCCACAUGACUUGGGCUUCCUCACAGCAUGGCAGUUCCUAGGUAGUCACGGCAGUUCAGGCUCCAAGCAAGGGUACUCCCAUGAACAAGGAAUACUUUUUAUGACCCACCCUCAAAUGGGUGGCAACACUUAGCACAUGGCAUAGCUUCCAUCAUACUUUACUGGUCAAAGCAGUUACAAGCUCACCUAGAUUCAAGGUAAGGGGAUGAAGAUGCCACAUCUCAAUAGGAUUGUCAUCAAAUUCGCAGGCAUUUUUUUAGAGUGUAGCUGCCCCUUGCAUGUGUAUAUCACCAGCCUAAAAAUGCCCUUUCAGCUCUGCGAGCUCAGUUCCAUAUUUUAUAGCGCCUCCAUCCUCAACCCUACAAAUAAAGCAGGAACACUGUGCUUAAACAAAAUAACAUUUUAUCUGAGUCCUGACCCUUGACUGGGGCUCCCUGGCAGGACUCUGGUUAGGGUGGCCACUUACUUCCAUGAUAUUGUUCAUUCAUCCCUUUUAUUCUGUCUCCUAAUCUACUCCAUUGCUAAGACGUUUCAGUUCUAUUUCAAAAUAUAUCUGGAGUCCUUCCACUCCUCCCCACCCCCACUGAUGACAGCCUUAUCAGAGCACAUCACUCUCCUGCUAUCUUUCAUCAACUUCUGCUGCUCUUAGAGUGGAAUCUAACUUUUGGUCCCCCAAGAGCAUUAGUGUGCAGGACCCGGCCCUGCCUACCCUCCGAGCUCACUCAUCUCACUCUCCUUCUGGCUUAUUGUUUUCCAGCCUCACCAACCUCUCUCUUCCUCCAAGCCAUCUCCAGGCCCUUGCACUUGCCCCUCCUCCUGGAAUGCCCUUUCUGCAGCUAUUUGCACACCUGCUCAUUCUGAUCCUUCGAAUGUCAGCUCAAAUGUCUCCUCUUCAGAAAGGCUUCUCUGAGCACCCUCUCCAUACACCUUUGGUCCCUUCAUGCCAGUCAUCAUAAUCUGUAAUGACUAUGACAUCUUUAUCUUUGUGUUUGUUUUCUGAUGAGUGCAGGGACCUUGUUUUCUUGUUCCCUGCUCUGCCCCUUGCACCCAGAAUCCUCUCUGGUCCACAGCAUGUGCUCAAUAAGUAUCUGUGAAAUGAAUGAGCCAGAUGCAAUGCUGCAUAGCUUGUGGGAGCAGAAGAAAUUGAGUCCAUAAGUUUAUUUACUCUUAAAAAGCAAAUUACAGCAGUCCCCUAUACCUGCUGGUGAUUCCACCGGUCAACAAAGAAUGUGCUUUAUAAAACAAAGUAGAAAGAAUUGAAGAAUAUUAGUGCCUUGGUAGGGCCCUCAGAGAUCAUUUAAUUUCUCAUUUUGUAAAUGAGAAAACCAGAACCCAGAGAGGUUGUGGGAUUUUACCCAAGAUCAUAACCAUUUCUUCAUAGCACAAUCUUUCUUAGUGUUUAAUUUCUUUAAUUAAACAAGCAAUUGUCCACUGAAAAAAAAUGAAAACUAUAUAGAAAUAUGUCUCGUAAAGAUUGGACCUCCCCCGUUCUCACUCCAUACUCCAGGAGGGACCGCUGUUUCUACUUCGAAGAGAAUCCUUUCAGGCUCCUUUGUGUGUGAUUAAAAACACAUAUGUGCAUACUUACGCAUCUAAAUCUUUGCUGUAACACUUCACUAUCUUGAAAAUUACCUUAGACUUAGAAAUAAAAAGACUUCUUUAUGAAUGCAUUAUUUUAAUCACCACCAGCUGCAGUGGUUUCAAGAAAAGGGAUUCCAGUGUGUGCUACUCAGUAACUGAGGGAAGAAAGCCCAUGG